GGAGGCCUGGCAGGUGCUUAGGUGCACCCAGUGCAGUGAGAGGAGGAAACAGCGAGUCAGGCUGGCAAUGAAGGGACAUCUCUCUACUCUGGUGCUGUGGCUUCUUCUCUUCACAGUUGAGGAUGUAGAAGGUGCUGAUGAGCUGAGGCUGGUGAAUGGAGGCAGCCCCUGUGCUGGGAGAGUGGAGGUUAAACACCAGGAUCAGUGGGGGAUGGUAUGUAGUGAUCGCUGGGACAUGGCAGAUGCUGGGGUUGUUUGUAAGCAGUUGGGAUGUGGAGCUGCUGUCAGUGUCCCUCGACGGGCUCAUUUCGGAGCAGGAUCUGGACCAAUUUGGCUGGAUGAAGUUGCCUGUGAUGGUACCGAGUCUGCUCUCUGGCACUGCGGGAACGAGGGAUGGGGUCAGAGUGACUGCAUUCAUGGAGAGGAUGCUGGAGUGAUCUGUUCAGGACACAUUAAGCCCCGGCUGGUUGGAGGAGACAGUGCCUGCUCAGGACGUGUGGAAAUAAAACAUGGAAACACAUGGACCACAGUCUGUGAUCCACACUUUGAUCUCAAAGUUGCCAAUGUUAUCUGUAAUGAACUUCAGUGUGGAAUAGCUGUAUCUGUCCCAGGAGGAGGUCACUUUGGAGAAGGACAAGGGUUGAUAUUGACUGAAGAAUUCCAGUGUGUGGGGAAUGAGUCUCUCCUGUUCUCCUGUCCCAGGAUAUCACAAGUGAAUCAGAGAUGCUCACACACAAAUGAUGCUGGUGUCAUAUGCUCACAGUACACAGGUUUCCGGCUGGUGAACGGCAGCACAGCGUGCUCAGGGAGGGUGGAGAUCCAGGUUCUUGGUGCCUGGGGAACCCUCUGUGACUCACGCUGGGAUUUACCGGAUGCCAACGUUCUCUGUCGUCAGCUCGACUGCAGGUUUGCUGUAUCGGCUCCAGGAAAAGCAUAUUUUGGGAAGGGAACUGGCUCUGUCUGGACAGACACAUUUCACUGUAAAGGGACUGAAAACCAUUUGGGCCAUUGCCCUGUUACUGCCCUGGGCGCCUCUCUGUGCUCACACGACAAUGAUGCCAGUGUGAUUUGCUCAGGUCACUCUGAAUCACUCAGACUGCUGAAUGGAGAGAGCCGGUGUGAUGGGAGAGUCGAGAUUUCCCUCAGUGGUGUGUGGGGCAGAGUGCUGGAUGAUCAGUGGAACAUGAACGAUGCCAGUGUGGUGUGCAGGGAGCUCGAGUGUGGAGUCGCUGAGAAAGUUUAUACCCCCCCUAAGUCUGAGCAAGGAACAGGCCCCGUGGGGCUGAGAAGUGUCCAGUGUGCAGGAAAUGAGACUCAUCUGACUCUCUGUGACAACUCCACAUCUGAGACAGCCCAGGCAGGAAUUGCUGAGGAUGUCGGUGUCGUUUGUUCAGGGAGCAGGCGGAUCAGACUGGUGAAUGGGACAGGUCGCUGUGCCGGGAGAGUGGAGAUUUAUUACAAUGGCAGCUGGGGGACAGUCUGUGAUGAUUUCUGGGACCUACCGGACUCCAAUGUCGUCUGCAAACAACUGGGAUGUGGACACGCCAUCAGUGCAACUGUCUCUGCUCAUUAUGGGCAAGGAUCCGGGCAGAUCUGGCUGGAUGAUGUGAACUGCUCUGGGAAUGAAUCCGAUCUCUUGUCAUGUCCUUCCAGGGGCUGGGGCCAGCACAACUGCAGACACAAAGAGGAUGCGGGAGUUCUCUGCUCAGGUCUGUUCUAUCUGAGGCUGGUGAGUGACAGUGACUGUGCUGGACGGCUGCAGGUUUUCUACAAUGGGACGUGGGGCAGUGUUUGCUACAAUCAGAUGUCUGUAAUCACCCCAGCAAUUGUCUGCAAACAGCUGAACUGUGGGGAUGGAGGGCAGAUUGCAAGCAACUUUGAAUAUGGAGCAGGUUCUGGUCCCACAUGGCUGGACCACAUUGCAUGCAGUGAGCAGCACAGCUCCCUCUGGCAGUGCCCAUCAGAGCCCUGGUAUCCAAAGUCAUGUGAUAACCGAGCAGAAGAGACCCAUAUUUCUUGCACUGGUAAAAAAGCAAAACCAACUCAGACCCUGUUUGCUGAAUGCCCGAACUCUCCAAGCUGCACAGACCAGGAGAAGUUACGUGUCGUGGGAGGAGAGGACAGAUGCUCGGGGAGAGUAGAAGUUUGGUAUCGUGGCUCCUGGGGAACAGUUUGUGAUGACCUUUGGGACAUGGUGGAUGCUAACGUUGUGUGUAAACAACUGGGCUGUGGAUCUGCUGUAUCUGCCCCGGGCGAGGCUGCAUUCGGCGAGGGGACUGGUCCUAUCUGGGUGGAGAUGUUGAAUUGCCGAGGGACAGAGUCAUCUCUCUGGGACUGUCCUGCCAAGCCCUGGGGUGAGAGCAACUGUGACCAUAAGGAAGAUGCUGCCGUGAAUUGCUCAGGUGACACUGAGCCCACUCCUCUGAGACUGGCGGACGGAGGCAGCCCCUGUGCCGGGAGAGUGGAGGUUAAACACCAGGAUCAGUGGGGGACAGUGUGUGAUGACAACUGGGACAUGGAAGAUGCUGAGGUGGUUUGUAAGCAGCUGGGAUGUGGCUCUGCUGUCAGUGCCCCUGGCUGGGCUCAUUUUGGAGAAGGAUCUGGACCGACUUGGCUGAUUGUAGUUGAUUGUGGUGGUGACGAGUCAGCUCUCUGGAACUGCAGACAUAUAGGAUGGGGUCUAGCCAACUGCCCUCAUUCUCUUGAUACAGGAGUGAUCUGCUCAGGGCACAUUAAGCCCCGGCUGGUUGGAGGGCAUAGUGCCUGUUCGGGACGUGUGGAAAUAAGAGAUGGAGAAACAUGGACCACAGUCUGUGAUGCCCACUUUGAUAUCAAAGCUGCCAACGUUAUCUGUAAUGAACUACAAUGUGGAACAGCUCUAUCUAUCCCAGGAGGAGCUCACUUUGGAGAAGGUCAUGGAUCAAUCUGGACUGAAGCGUUCCAGUGUGUGGGGAAUGAGUCCCACCAUGCGUUCUGUCCCAAGAUAUCGAACAUCAGUCAGACAUGCUCACACGCAAAUGAUGCUGGAGCCAUAUGCUCAGGGCACACAGGGCUCCGGCUGGUGAACGGCAGCACAGCGUGCUCAGGGAGGGUGGAGAUCCAGGUUCUUGGUGCCUGGGGAACCCUCUGUGACUCACGCUGGGAUUUACCAGAUGCCAACGUUCUCUGUCGUCAGCUCAACUGUGGAUUCGCUGUAUCAGCCCCAGGAGGAGGGUAUUUUGGGAAGGGAACAAGCUCUGUCCGGACAGACACAUAUCACUGUAAAGGAACUGAACCCCAUUUGGGCCAUUGCCCUGUUACUGCCCUGGGGGCCUCUCAGUGCUCCCAUGACAAUGAUGCCAGUGUGGUUUGCUCAGGUCGUUCUGAGUCAAUCAGGCUGCUGAAUGGAGCGAGCCGGUGUGAUGGGAGAGUUGAGAUUUCCCUCCAAGGUGUGUGGGGCAGAGUACUGGAUGACCAGUGGGACAUGAAGGAUGCCAGUGUGGUGUGCAGGCAGCUCCAGUGUGGAGUUGCUGAGAAAGCUUAUAACCCCCCUAAGUCUGAGCAAGGAACAGGCCCUGUGGGGCUCAGAAGGGUCCAGUGUGCAGGAAAUGAGACUCGUCUGACUCUCUGUGACAACUCCACAUCUGAGACAACCCAGGCAGGAAUUGCUCAGGACGUCGGUGUUGUCUGCUCAGGGAGCAGGCGGAUCAGACUGGUGAAUGGGGCAGGUCGCUGUGCUGGGAGAGUGGAAAUUUAUUACAACGGCAGCUGGGGGACAGUCUGUGAUGAUUUCUGGGACCUACCGGACUCCAAUGUUGUCUGCAAACAACUGGGAUGUGGACACGCCAUCAGUGCAACUGUCUCUGCUCAUUAUGGGGAAGGCUCCGGGCAGAUCUGGCUGGAUGAUGUGAACUGCUCUGGGAAUGAAUCCAAUCUCUGGGCAUGUCCUUCCAGGGGCUGGGGCCAGCACAACUGCAGACACAAAGAGGACGCGGGAGUUCUCUGCUCAGAAUUCACAGAUCUGAGGCUCGUGAGUGACAGUGACUGUGCUGGGCGGCUGGAGGUUUUCUACAAUGGGAUGUGGGGCAGUGUUUGCUCCAAUGGGAUGUCUGGAGUCACCGCAACAAUUGUCUGCAAACAGCUGAACUGUGGAGAUGGAGGGCAGAUUGCAAGUGACUUUGAAUAUGGAGCAGGUUCUGGUCCCACGUGGCUGGACCAGGUUAUAUGCAGUGAGCAGCACAGCUCACUCUGGCAGUGCCCGUCAGUGCCCUGGAAUCCAAAGUCAUGUGAUAACCGAGCAGAAGAGACCCAUAUUUCUUGCACUGGAAAAAAAGCAAAACCAACUCAGACCCCGUUUGCCGAAUGCCCGAACUCUCCAAGCUGCACAGACCAGGAGAAGUUACGUGUCGUGGGAGGAGAGGACGGAUGCUCGGGGAGAGUGGAGGUUUGGUACCGUGGCUCCUGGGGAACAGUUUGUGAUGACUCCUGGGACAUGGCGGAUGCUAACGUUGUGUGUAAACUACUGGGCUGUGGAUCUGCUGUAUCUGCCCUGGGUGAGGCUGCAUUCGGUGAGGGGACUGGUCCCGUCUGGGUACAGAUGGUGAACUGCAGAGGGACAGAGUCAUCUCUCUGGGACUGUCCUGCCAAGCCCUGGGGUGAGAGCAACUGUGGUCAUAAGGAAGAUGCUGCUGUGAAUUGCUCAGGUGUGACAGAGAGGACAGAUUCUCCAAAUACUCCAGCUCCCUCGCGCCGCCCUCCAACUGACAGUGGGAGAGUCACGGUGCCUGUGAUCGUCUGCAUUAUCCUGGGGGCCCUGCUCUGCCUGGUCUUAAUCAUCCUGGGGGCACAGGUGCGAAGUGCCAGGGCACAGCGCAGAGGCUCCAGAAGACCCUUGGAUCCCUUCUCUGAGGCUGUGUACGAGGAGAUUGAUUAUAACCUGAUGAGAGAGAAGCAGAUGUUCAGUCGCUCAGUCUCCUAUUCAGAUGAUGCAGUGACGAAGCUGCAGUAUUACACCGGGGACAGCGAGGGGGAAAACGAUCCUGGAUCAGAACAAGAGGGAGUUUCCCUGAGGGGGUCUCAGCUGGAUUACGAUAACGUGGAGGAACCUGCCUUGAAUGACGUCUCCCAGACUCCAGACGGCCGAGAUGCCCCUGCCCUGCCUGGAGAUAUCCCAGGGGAUGGUUAUGAUGAUGCCAGAGAAGCGUCUGACCCUGAAGAUGACCCUGCUUUGGGGCAGAAUGAUGAGAAAGACACUGGGGCGAAUGACAGGGAUUCACAGACAGGUUGGAGUCAGCACUCGCUAAGGGGUGAAGUUGUCUCUGGAAUGGUGAAAGAAACCCCAUCCCUGCCUCCUGGAGACACAGGUUAUGAUGAUGUGGGACAUGGUGACUCUGGGGGUUUAAUAUCAUAACAAUUUGAUUGGACAAAAUAAGCUUGUGAUGAUGUAAUUGCUUCACCUCUUUCUCUUAGAAAUGAUGCCCAGAGACAGUCCCUUCCUAGUUGAUAGACAAAGCAGGUGUUUUUAUAAUAUUUGUGCAAAGUUGCAGGAAAUACAAGAGUGAGUGGGAAAAGUUUCAUAAGCUUUCUUUGUAUAAUUUUCCAUUUUUU